AUGUGCGGACACACAGAGGGUCAGACGGUUGAAAGACACUUAAAUAUCUUUUUAAUUUUAUUUUUGGACAAAAUAUGCAGACAAUUUCUGGAGCAGCACGGUAGUUGGGUGCUUUUUUUUUGUGUGUGCUUUUUUUUUUUUUUUUCUUUUUUAUUAUUUGGGUGUAGCCGUAGUAGAGGACGACUUUUUUCAAAAAAAAAAUAUUUUUUUGUUUUAAAUAAAUCUUGUGUGAAUUGCCGCUGCUUGGGCUGCAGUGCAGUCAUGAGUUUGAGCGGCGUUCUUGUUGUUUCUGCCAUGCAACUCCGCUGCACAUUUUAUUUUGUGCGUUCUUUUGCAUUUGUUGCUCUUUUUUUUUUCUUUAUACUUCAUUGCUUUGUGUUUCUGCAGGCACACAACAACCACACACACAAGAUGCACAUUGCAGUGGAUUUGAAUGCUCCUUUUGUAGUGCAUGCUGGCAGUUGCGUGUGGCGGCUGUUCUCUUCCGUGGCCAUGAGAAGGGAGGUGGAGGGAGUGAAGUGCGCACCCCGAGUCCCUUUCCUGCGGGUGUGGUGCACCGCGUGUGACUGCGUUGAGUUGGGCUCCGUGUUUCAUUGA